GCUUCCUUGACAACAUAAACAAAGAGCGGAGAACAAAAGAAGCCGCGGAGCUAACAAAGUCUGCAAGGUUCUGUGCCACUCUUCCAGGUGCACGGCUCUGCCCGGCUGCAAUUGACCAAGGCUGCUGUCAGAGAGGGUAGGGUGCUCAUUUGGGUGAGAAGCCAAAGAAGGGAGGUACAAUUUUUAUUGCGUUUUCCCCUCCUACGUUGUUUAACAGCAAAUACAGCUUUUCACUGAGACAGAAAGUUGGAGGCAUUGAUAUGUUUCGCUAGGAAAUGCCAUGCACUGAUGAUUUUCCUAUGUGUGGCGCAUGUCUGGAGUGAUCCUACCGACUCGAGUGGAAUUACACCAGUGCAACUGAUUCCCAUCUGAACUUGUCCUAAGGAGUCACCUUCCAAAUGAGGGAGGCAUGGCAUUGUGUCUGUUGAUCGUGGGUUAAUUUUGAAUUCAUCAGAACAGAAUUCGUACAGCAUGUCUGUGCUGUCCUGUACACGUUCGACUGGGUCCCAGGAAACGUCCAGCUCUGGAGCCAUUUCCAAGGCUAGGACAUUACCUCAGCAAACAGUGCCAACCUCUGGGAUUCCCUUUACCAACUCUACAGUGGAAACAAAGUCUCCACUUUCAGAUGAUGAUGAGUUUCAGCUGAGGAAAAACCCAUUUAAAAUCCCUUCAGAUAUUGAUAUCUUCUUACUGAGAGACAAGGAAAGAGAACGGGCUAAGGCGGAACGUGAGCGAAAGAAGACCCUGAAAGUCCACGAGAAGAUGACCUAUUCCACUAUGAUGAAUGCCAAGCAGUCGGGGUUCAAGAAGGAGCUCCAGAAGGAGGAGGAAGCAGAGGAUAGAGAACUGGCAGCAGAAGCACAAAGACUGAAAGCUCUCCAAGAAAGUAUCUCUUGGAAGAUAGCAGUCACCAAAGACCAGCAAGUGGAAAAAGAGACGCUCCAUGAAUACAUAGACAAGAAGCGACAGAUGUUUCUGCUGCAGUAUGCUGUGGCAAUAAAGAGAGAUGAAAUUCAGAAGCUGGAAAACUUAGCAGCAGAAGAGGAAGCAAAACUGGAAAAGGCUGAACAGUACCUGGAGAAGGACGCCGCCAUGUUUGACGAGUUCCUGAAGGAGAACGAUAAAAACUCUGCUCAGGCGCUGAAAACUGCUGAAAAAGAAACCAAAGCAAAGAUAGAGAAAAUAAUCGAGAUCCGAGAGCUUACUGCACAAAUGAUGAGCAUUCAAAGUGAGAUAUCCAGGUUUGAAGACACUUUGAAGGAGUACAAGAAGUACAAGAACUUCCUCUACCAGCUCUCUCCAAAAGAGUGGAGGGAAGAGUAUGAAAAAAAGCAGAUGAAGACAAAGGAAAUGAAAAUGUCCUCUGAAGUGAAAGAAGAAAAAAUCUCUGUCUCUCCCAUCACGCCCAAGGGCCAGGAUUCAACACCCCGAACCAGAUGUGGCAAGUUGCCUUAUCUUGGCUAUACAGGACGUCAGAGUGUUGAUUUUUCUUCAGGAGGGCCUGAUUUGAGGGCCCCAAGCCAAAUUACACAGAGAAGGGAAUCCCUCAGGCCAGGCAAAAGCCCCUCAAAGCAAAACUUGAAAUCCCAGCAGACAAGUCGACAGAGCAUUGCCGCCCUAGCAAUGGAGGAGAAGGCGAGUACAACAUUCUCUGACAAUGAGGACGAAGAUGAGGAGCCGGAGUUAUAUUUUACUGAUCCCCAGCAACUGCUGCACAUUUUCACUGAGCUAGAAGAACAGAACCUGUCCCUAAUUCAGAAUUCCCAGGAGACUGAGGAAACCUUGGAUGAGCUCCAGCAUACUCUCACCACUACACGAAGUAAAAUGGACCGUGAGAUAAAGCAGCUGAAGCAGCUUGCAGCCACACUCAAAGCCUCCAUAAUCAAAGAAGAGGAGACAGCCGCAGACCUGGAACUGAAGGCACGAGUCUUUUCCUUUGGCGAGUACAAGGCAGAUGUGCAGGACAAAAUGUUGGUGAGCCUGAACAAAAAGGUGACGGAGGUCUAUCGACGUUGCAUUGGAGAAAAUGAGGCCAACCUGGGAACCCUGCAGAUGCUAACAGUCAUAGAACACCAACUCGAUGACUUAUUGGAGUGUCUGGAGAGAGUCCCUCAAGCAAAGAUAGAGCAAGCAGAGAAAGCCAAAGAAAAAGAACGGAGGAUGAGGAUGAGGGACGAAAAAGUGAGACAACAGAGGCAGUUGCAGGAGGAGAGGUUGCAACGGGCACUGGCAAGGGCGCAAGCGGAUAUAAAGAAAAAGACCGGCAGAAAGCUGAUGUUCCGCUCUGAGCCUGUGCCAAUCAAAGAGAAAGAAGAUGAGGAUCAAGGCCUGAUUGAUCAAGAGAAGGAAGAAGCUCUCUAUUACUUUACUUAAGACCCAAAUAAGACUGGAAAUUAAAAAGGACAGCACCAAUGAGAUGCAAAGACAUUGUACCAACCUGACCAGAGAACGUUUUGCUUUGGGGAUCUUAGAAUUAUACACAAUUUUUUCAAUGAAUUAAACAGAAAUCUCCCAUUUUGUCUUGCUAACCCUUGCCCCCCAGGAGAGUGGUUUGUUUCACUGGAGCCUGUGGUGUGAGUCAACAACUAUUUUGGCACUGCUUUAAAUGAAAAACGGAAUUCUGUGGCACCUUAAAAACUAACAGAUAUAUUGGAGCAUAAGCUUUCGUGAGUGAAUACCCACUUUGUCAGACGCAUUCACCCACAAAAGCUCAUGCUCCAAUACAUCUGUUCGUCUUUAAGGUGCCACAGGACUCUUUGUUGCUUUUUACAGAUCCAGACUAACAGGGCUCCCCCUCUGAUACUUUAAAUGAGUGUUUACCUAGAAAAAUAAACUCAACUCUCUCCCCCAUUUUGCCCCUAGGCCAGUUGUUAACAACAGGAUUCUUCAGAGAAUUGAAGUCAGUAGUAAGAUCUCUGGAAUCUUAGGAAAUCACAUUCAUUACACAGGUGGAUGACAUCUUCAGUUACAGCAGGACAAAGCUAGGUUCCAGACAAAUGUUUGUCACAAACCCCCAGCCUAUGCAAACAAAAGGAACACCCUGCCAGGAACAGGAGUUUCAGUACAGGCUCCACGCUGACUAUUGAACAUACAAGAUUCAAGAGGAAAGGCUAAGCACUGCAGAUGAAA